CCUCUUCCUUCGCCGCCUGCUUCUUUCCUUCGUGACCCUGUUGCCUCCCACACCAUUGCAUCUCAUCCCAAUCUCUCCCCCAUCGUAACCUCUAUUAAAGUCGACCGUUUCGCACAGCUUCUUGAGCACCAUCCUAACCAGCCUUUUGUUCGCUCCGUUAUCAAUGGUCUACGUUCUGGAUUUUGGCCGUACACAGAAGACAAACCUGACUUGUAUCCUACUACGUGGGACGCUGUUGGAUCGCCCCCCACGUACGAGACGGCCCGGGCGUUCCUGCGGGAGCAACGUGACGAGGAGAUGUCUGCUGGGCGAUGGCCCUCUCCUUCUUUCGGGCAGGACCUCUUGCCAGGCAUGGUCGCAAUGCCUAUCUUCGCGAUUCCCAAACCCAAUUCGAAAAAAAUACGCCUCAUCAACCACUUGUCAUACGGCAAACAUUCUGUCAACUCUCUCGUCCCACCAGAAGCUAUCAAGGGCGCCGUGCUCGAUGGAGUGCCCAUUCUCGGAGACUCCCUUAAA